UAAUCUCAUAUCAUAACAUCAAGUGUUAUUGUUACAUAGAAUUACAAUAUCAAAAACACUUGUAGUUUUUCACAACAUACCAAGUUAAAAAAAAAAAAAAAAAUAUAUAUAUAUACAUAUAUAAUCAUGUCGGAAGAGAAACACCACCACAGCCUCUUUAACCACCACAAGAGUGGUGAAGAUGACAACAAGCCCAUAGACUAUGAGAAAGAAGAAAAGUCACACAAGCACAAAGAACACUUGGGUGAGCUUGGUACCGUGGCAGCCGGUGCUUUUGCUCUUCAUGAGAAGCACAAGGCAAAGAAAGAUCCAGAGCAUGCACACAAGCACAAACUAGAGGAAGAAAUCGCAGCUGCCGCGGCUGUAGGGGCCGGUGGCUAUGCCUUCCAUGAGCAUCAUGAGAAGAAGGAAGCCAAGGAAGAGAGGAAAGAACAUGAUGGAAAGCACCACCUCUUCUAAGGCCGUUACUAUACCGUAUUUCUAUACGAUGCUUUGCUUGCUUUUCCUACGGCUUGAGAGUUCAUGUGUACGUACUUGAUUGUAUAAUUAAUAUGUAUGGAAAAUAAGUGAUCAUCUACUGAGUGUGUGUUUUUGUAUGUGUAUAUAUAUGUAAUUAGUUUUAUUUGGGACGAUUGCAUCAUAUUGUGACUACUUUUAUCAAAAAUAAUUAUAUUGUGACUACUUUUAUCAAAAAUAAUUAUUUAUAUGGUGUUGUUUGCUUAAGGAUUGAUGUUUCUUAAUACAAAAAUACAUCAUAUGUAUUGGCUACU